GGGUGUCAGCGGGUUGGUUGGGCUUGUGUUUACAGCUCGGCUGGAUGCUGUUGGCUGCUGAUGUUAUUGGGAGAGUGCAAUGUUGUGCCCACCGCCAUUGGAAUAAAUAUAACCGUGGGAAUACAGGUGAUUUUGCUCAUCAUCUCCCACCGCUUUCUCCUCCUCGUCUUCCAUUCAUGAGCAGCGUGGCUGAGUUUAACAGCGGCAGCCAUGGAUGACAAGGGCUCGGUGGGGAAGAUUAGCGUGUCCUCGGACUCAGUGUCCACCCUCAACAGUGAGGACUUUGUCCUUGUGUCCCGGCUGGGGGACGAGACACCCUCCUCCACUAAUAAUGGUAGUGAUGACGAAAAGACAGGACUGAAGGUGAUUUCUGAGGAAGGGGUCAGCUUUAAGAUUGUGGGGAAUGGAAGUGAGCAGCAGCUCCAAAGAGAGUUAGAGGAUGUCCUCAUGGACCCUUCCGUAGCCGACACUGGACUCAGGUCAGAAGCGACAAUGGAGAGCCUCGGAGGAGAGGGCGACCGUGACCCUCUUCCCACCACAGCCUCACCCGUAGCGCCGGGCUCGGACCCUCUGAGCGCUCCGCCACCCAAGUUGGAGAUGGUGCUUCCCGUUCAGACGGCUCAGGAGAGCGAGCUGAACGAGAGGUCGUACCGAGCCGAUGAAUCAUCAUCAGAGGGCAGUCCUAGCAGUCCCAUCCCAGAUGAGGACAGCGUUGUGUUCAGCCAGCUCACAUAUCUGGGGUGUGCCUCGGUCAAUGCCCCCCGCAGUGAGGUGGAGGCCCUUCGCAUGAUGAGUAUCCUCAGAGGGCAGUGCCAACUCCCCCUGGAUGUAACACUGUCUGUGCCGGGCGUGUCAGAAGGCACUGUCAGGUUGCUGGAUCCCAACACCAGUACAGAGAUCGCCAACUACCCUAUAUACAAGAUUCUGUUCUGCGUGCGCGGCCAUGAUGGCACACCGGAGAGCGACUGCUUUGCCUUCACUGAGAGCCACUUCAAUGCCGAGAUCUUCAGGAUCCAUGUGUUCCGCUGCCAAAUCCAUGAGGCGGUGAGUAGGAUACUGUACAGUUUUGCCACAGCGUUUCGGCGGUCAGCCAAGAAGGCGGUUCUCUCAUCUCAGCAGCCUGCGCCGCUCACACCCGACAGCGACUUGUUUACCUUCACCGUCAGCCAGGAAAUCAGAGAGGAUGACGGCAAGGGAACUUUCAGUGCUGUAGCAAAGGACAAGGACAAGCAGAGCUUCAAGCUGCGUGCAGGAAUGGACAAGAAAAUUGUCAUUUAUGUCCAACAGACCUCCAAUAAGGAACUGGCCAUUGAGAGGUGUUUCGGUCUCCUGCUCAGCCCAGGGAAAAAUGUGAAGAACAGCGACAUGCACCUGCUGGAUCUGGAGUCGAUGGGAAAGAGCUCCGACGGGAAGUCUUACAUCAUCACAGGAAGUUGGAACCCCAACACGCCUCAGUUCCAGCCUGUGAAUGAGGAAACGCCCAAAGACAAAUUCAUGUACAUGACGACAGCAGUGGACCUGGUGAUCACAGAGGUGGAGGAGCCGGUCCGCUUUCUGCUGGAGACGAGGGUCAGAGUCUGCUCCCCAAAUGACAGGCUGUUCUGGCCCUUCGGCAAGCGUAACUACACUGAGACCUUCUACCUUAAACUACGACAGAUGGAACGUAAGGAGCGUAAGAGUCCUGCCUCUGACACACUUUAUGAGGUGGUGAGUUUGGAGAGCGAGACAGAAAGAGAGAAACGGAAGACCACAGCGUGUCCCGGCGUCAUGCCCACCGGUACCACGGUCCUUUCACCACCUGAGGAUGAUGAAGAGGAAGAUAAUGAUGAGCCGUUACUCAGCGGCUCAGGUGACGUCUCCAAGGAGUGUGCCGAGAAAAUACUGGAGACCUGGGGGGACUUGUUGUCAAAGUGGCAUUUGAACUUAUCAGUGCGUCCCAGGCAGCUGCCAGCUUUGGUGCGGAGUGGCAUUCCUGAGGCUCUCCGUGGGGAGGUGUGGCAGCUCCUGGCAGGCUGCCAUAACAACGACCACCAGGUUGAAGAGUAUCGCACUCUCAUCACAAAGGAGUCCCCCCAGGACAGUGCCAUCACCAGGGACAUCAACAGGACAUUCCCAGCUCAUGACUACUUCAAAGACACUGGAGGAGAUGGACAAGACUCCCUCUACAAGAUAUGCAAGGCUUACUCUGUGUACGAUGAGGAGAUUGGAUAUUGCCAGGGACAAUCCUUCCUGGCUGCUGUGCUGCUGCUGCACAUGCCAGAGGAGCAAGCCUUCAGUGUGCUGGUCAAGAUCAUGUUUGACUACGGGCUCAGGGACCUUUUCAAGCAGAACUUUGAAGAUCUGCAUUGCAAGUUCUUCCAGCUUGAGAGACUCAUGCAGGAAUAUUUACCAGACCUGUACAACCACUUCCUGAAUGUUGGUCUGGAGGCUCACAUGUACGCCUCUCAGUGGUUCCUCACCCUCUUCACAGCCAAGUUCCCUCUUUACAUGGUCUUCCAUAUCAUUGACCUGCUACUGUGCGAGGGCAUCAGUGUGAUCUUCAAUGUAGCCUUGGCCCUUCUGAAGACAUCAAAAGACGAUCUGAUCCAAACAGACUUCGAGGGUGCACUCAAAUUCUUUCGUGUCCCAGUACCGAAGAGAUAUCGCUCAGAGGAAAAUGCAAAGAAACUGAUGGAGCUGGCCUGUGGCAUGAAGAUCAGCCAGAAAAAGCUGAAGAAGUUUGAGAAGGAGUACCACACCCUGAGAGAGCAGCAGGAGCAGCAGGAGGCCCCCAUUGACAGAUACGAGCGGGAGAACCGUCGUCUGCAAGAGGCUAACAUGCGUCUGGAGCAGGAGAAUGACGACCUGGCGCAUGAGCUAGUCAGCAGCAAGAUAGCUCUGCGGAAAGACCUCGACAACGCUGAGGAGAAGGCAGACGCACUGAAUAAAGAGUUGCUGCUGACCAAACAGAAACUGGUGGACUCUGAGGACGAGAAGAGGCGACUGGAGGAAGAAUCUGCACAGCUGAAGGAGAUGUGCAGGCGAGAGCUCGAUAAAUCUGAAUCAGAGAUAAAGAAGAACGGCUCCAUCAUUGGAGAAUACAAGCAGAUCUGCUCCCAGCUGAGUGAACGACUGGAGAAACAACAGACGGCCAACCGAGGAGAGUUGGAGAAAAUCCGGUUCAAAGUGGAAGGCUGUGAGAAGUGCAGUAGUCUUUUCAACAAAGAAGGCCGUGUGCGGGCCCCUGUGAGCACAGCCCCGGCGGGGGGGUCUGAGGAACAAGACGAGGAGAAGGAGGGUUUGAAGAGCCAGCUGAGAGAGAUGGAGCUGGAGCUGGCCCAGACCAAACUGCAGCUGGUGGAGGCUGAGUGCAAAAUCCAGGACCUGGAGCACCACCUGGGUCUGGCCCUGAACGAGGUGCAGGCCGCCAAGAAGACCUGGUUCAACCGGACGCUCAGCUCCAUCAAGACCGUCACUGGGAACCAGGGCAAGGAGACCACCUAACCUGAUAACCCCCAUCCCCCAGUUUUACCCAGACCAUGUGUGGAGCUCAAUGCAACCCCCCACACUGAAACCUGCGGGCACAUAACUUAACCCACCGACUUUAACUUGAACAUUGACCGUUAAAUCCCAGGACGUCCAUCACUACGGACUGAGUUUCUUGUUCGUCUUAUUAAGAAUGUCGUCAUGCUUCCCUGUUCCCACAGCUCCAAAUCUAAACAUAAUCCCCAUCCAUUACUUCCCCCCUCCACCCCAAAUGACUACAGCCAAAUGUGCUGCUGAGAAGGGGGCAGAAAAACAACCGUACCACUUUCCCCAGAGACACGAUGUGCUUCCACCGAAAAGAAACGCUUAAAAGAAAAAAGGAGGUGCUUCAUUUAUUUCUGUCUUUGUACUGCUGAUAAUACAGACCCGCAGAAGGAAGGCAGGACAUCUGAAAUGUUACUGUCCUGACAGGAUAGAGAAGAAAACACUCCGUCCUUCCUCACUCUUCUGCGUGCUCCCCUCUAAACUACUGGCACACCAGUGGCACCAGUCCCUGUUUUAAGUUUUAGGUACGAGAGCUAAUAGACGCCUUUUCAAAACUGAGCUUUUUUCAAACUUACGUUGAACAAUACCUUUUGUUUUCUAUGUAUGUACAGGAAUGUGCUAAUGUAAUGAGCAUAUGUGUGUGUGGAAGCACGCAUGUCUUGUGUUGACUAUAGGCUGUAUGUUUUAACCUGUGUGAGACUGAAAAAUAUGUGUUUGAAUGCAUAAAUAAUAGGCUGAAGAAAAUGUGUAUAAGAGGAAGAAGGAGACAUCGAUGGAACUCCACGGGGAAAAGAAAAGCACUAAGGGUGUGUGUGUGUGUGUGUGUGUGUGUGUGUGUGUGUGUGUGUGUGUGUGUGUGUGUGUGUGUGUGUGUGUGUGUGUGUGUGUGUGUGUGUGUGUGUGUGUGUGUGUGUGUGUGUGUGUGUGUGUGUGUGUGUGUGUGUGUGUGUGUGUGUGUGUGUGUGUGUGUGUGUGUGUGUUCAUGCAUGUAAGGGGAAAGAGUGUUUCCCCGGUUGUCAAGUUUCCUUUAUUGUUUAAAUGUGCAGAUGAAUGAUGCUGAAGAAGAGUUUGCUGACAAAGCCUUGAUCAGAAGGUCGAUAAAGUUGAAACUAGUGGAUGUGCAUAUUUAAAUUACAGUCAAUUUUCCUCACCACAAAUAUCUGAAAUUUAUCAUGCUUGGGGUUUGUUUGGUUUGGAUGUCCCAGCACAAAGAAACUAAGAAACGCUCCGAACCGUGCAGACCUCCUCAUGUAGUAUACAGUAUGUGUAUUUAUGUUACAACACUGUCCAAGUGGUGCAAUGCUUUUUCAAACCAUAAACAUCACUUUGAGGAAGUGGCGAUAGAAAGCCCA